GGCACUGGGCCGACCCGCAGCGGAGAAAAGCCGAGGAUGGACCGCGACGGGCCGGACGCUGCUCGGCGGGAGGCAGAGGUGGAGCGCGGGCGUUACUUGGCGCGGCGGGCGGUGGCCCAGGAGCAGCUGGCGCAAAUAAAGGAGCGCAAACAUCAGGCAGAUCUGGCCAAGCUAGAAGACAGAAGAGAAGGGGAACAAAUACAGUUAUCAAACCAAUUGUACCAACUGGAAAUUCAGAAAGACAGAGAAAAGGAAGAGAAAGAAAAAGUUGAACGCCGGAGACAGCAUCACGAUUAUGUAUCUGAAAAGAAAACAAUUAAAGCUGAAGAGAAACAAAAAGAAGACAAUGAAGAUGAUCGGAUUGAGGCUUAUAUUAAAGAAAAAGAAAUGAUGGCUGAUCUGGCAAGAGAAAAAGUUGCUGAGACUAAUAGGGCAAUCCAGGUGCAUAAGGACAAAGCUCUUGAACAACUAACUGCGCAGAUAAAUGAGGCAUUUAAGGUUGAAGAUGAUCGUCUUGCUAGAGGAGCUGCAGCAGUAGAAGAUGAGUACCAAAUAAAAAUCAAAGAGAAAGAAGCAAAACAAAAGGCUGCCAUUGAAGCUAUUGCUGAACACAGAACCACCAUGAUGAAGAUGAAAGUAGAGAAGGAGAAAGAAGAAAAAGCAGAGGGUGAGAGAGAUCGUAAUCAGCAGAUGACAGCAGAUCACACCUACCUGGAAAAAGAAAAAGACAUGAAACAAAGACAACAUGAUGCCAGCAUGGAUGUACAGAAAUUUCUGAUCCAGCAAAUGGCUGAAAAGCGGGCAAAAAAACAGCAGGAAAAACAAGAUGACUUGGACUACGAUGCUCAGAGAGAAGCUGCUUUCUGCAAGGAUCGAGCAUUUUGGAGAUAGAAAAUACAUCAGAUAACUGCAGAAGUAUCUACUAAGGAAGAAGAAGCUAGCCACUGCCUCCUUACAAGUUAGAUGUGCCUGCAAAACCUAUCAGUGCCUAACAGCUGGAGCAAGUUACAAGGCAUGCUAUUUGCCAAAAACCGCCUAUACUCAACUUCAGCUCAACAACAAAGUGCCACAGCUUGCAACUGUAUCAGUAACCGCUCUGUUUUAUUAUGGAACAAAGCAGUAGAUUUACUUUUUAGAAGUCACAAGGUAACAACCAAAGGUAAACUAUCAACUCACCUGCACUGUAUUUGAGUAUUGCUGGGCCUCCAGGGUUCAUUCAAAGCUUAUGCUUUGGCUUAAAAAAAAAUUUCUUGCUGAACAAAUAAUAAAAUUGAGUAAACUGUUUAAAAACA